AUGUCAUACAACGAAUCAUCCAAUAUGGGGCGAGAUCGCGAGAUGAAAAUCCGCAUGGUCCAGGAGGCCAAAGCUGUCAUCGACUUCGAAGAGGAUCCUCAUCGCGCAGCGCUGGAGGAUAACCCGCUCGAAGCAAAAGUUGGCAUCAAAACUUGGAUUGCAAUCUUUUCUAUGGCUCUGUCCUUUGGCCCUUGUGUUGGACUUGCCUUCCUCACUGUUGCCGCAGUCGUCGUGCAAAUUGCCGGAGAGCUCGGUGGACAGGACCAGUUGGCAUGGCUGGUAGGAGCAUGGUCUCUCUCAUCGGCAUGCUCCUUCUCCCUCGCGGGACCUCUCAGCGACGUUUUCGGGCGAAGAAUUUUGGUCAUCAGUGGCCAAGUCACCGUCAUCAUCGGCUCCAUUGCCGCGGUAGCAGCGCAGAGUAUUGGGACGCUCAUCGCCGCAGAGACGCUCAUCGGCAUCGGAACUGGCUUCGUUUUUGUUUCCUACGCAGGCGUCCCCGAGAUGCUCCCAAACAAAUGGCGUUCUCUCGGUCUGGGUAUCUUGGAAUCUGGCAUCGCUGUCCCCUGGGGCAUCUUCUCCGUCUUACUCGGCAAUGCGCUUUUCAAAUACGCUUCGUGGAGGUGGAUAUUCGGCCUAAGCAUCAUCAUCGAGGCCAUCGCCCUCGUCGGCACUUGGUUUUCUUACCACCCAAACUCGCGGCCCCGCGGCGACUAUGACAAGACUCGCAUGCAGCAGCUCCGUGGCGUUGACUGGAUUGGCUUGUUCUUGUUCACGAGCGGCCUGGCCAUCUCCCUCAUCGGCCUGACAUGGGGUGGCAGUCCGGCCUACCCGUGGAACAGCGCUGGCGCCAUCGCACCCAUCGUCAUUGGCUUCGCGGUCCUGGCUGUCGGCUUCUUGUACGACUUCAAGAUUGCCGCGCAUCCCAUGUUCCCGUUGAAGCUUUUUGUCAUGUUCCGUCGCUACUCUGUCCUUCUUGUCGUCCUCUUUGUCUCUGGUAUGAACUUCAAUUCAAUGUCGGCCCUCCUACCCCAAGGCUUCCUAUACAUGUUUACGACAGAUGGGAUUGAGAUUGGCUCGCUCUCACUGCCCAAUACCAUGAUGAUUGGCUUUACCGGCGUUCUCGCACCUCUCAUCGCCCACAAAGUCGGCCACCUCAAGUGGCAGCUCGUCAUUGGCAUGGCGUUCCAGGCAGUCUUUAUCGGCGCUACUGCUGCGACUGUUUACCCCAACCACAAGUUUGCCUACGCCUUCGUCCCUGCUUUUGGAGUACCCAUGUUCGUCUGGGUCACCAUCUUAUCCUAUGCCGUCGCCAGUCUUCAUGUUCCGCAUUCGAAUCUGGGAGUGGCGAUGGGCCUGUUGGGUACCUUUAGAUCUGGAGGUGGCGCUGUCGGCAAUGCUAUUUUCAACACAAUCUUCCAAGAAAGGUUCCGCGAGUUCGCGGGUGAGGAAAUCACCAACGCGGCCAUCAGCAACGGACUAGACCCGUCUGACCUGGGCACCAUCAUUCCUGCGGCAAUUGAGUACAAUAUGGGAAAUCCUCUGGCGUUGGUCGACGUCCCAGGCAUCACUCCGGAGAUCCAAGACGCUCUGAGAGACGCUGUCCGAGCUGGAGCCGGCCAUGCCUUCAAACUCGUAUUCUACAUCACAAUCCCCUUCAGCGUUAUUGCCUUGAUCUGCUCUCUGUUUAUCGAAGAUCCCACAGUGUACAUGACGAACCAUAUUCAGUCCGCUAUGGGGCAAGAGAUGGCCCAGAACCGUAGCAAACGGGCAGCCACUCCCGAAGAGGGCGAGGCAAUCGAGUUUGAAACCGUGGGAACGGUUCAAUCUGAGCGGAUUGUGACCAAGAGCUGA